AUUCUCCUCCUUCACUCCCGCGAAAAAAAAUGGUGUCUCCCCUCGUUGCCGCAGCUAGGCUUCAGACUCGUGCCAAUGCUUUCCGCUUGGCCUCACGCUCGUCUCGCUUCUAUUCCACUAAGCCCCAGUCUCUGAAGGAGCGCCUUGCCGAGUUGAUCCCCAAGGAGAAGGAGAAUGUGAAGGCUAUUCGUACCGAAUACGGCGCCAAGGCACUUGGCCAGGUAACAGUUGAUCAGCUGUAUGGCGGUAUGCGUGGCCUGCCUGCCCUGAUCUGGGACGGUUCCGUGCUCGACGCCAACGAGGGGAUUCGUUUCCGCGGCAAGACUAUUCCGGAGUGCCAGGACCUGCUCCCGAAGGCUGAUGGCGGGGCUGAACCCUUGCCCGAGGCGCUUUUCUGGCUAUUGGUUACGGGCGAGGUGCCCACCGCUGAACAGACCAAGGCUAUCUCUGCCGAGUGGGCCGCCAGGGCCGAGCUCCCCAAGUUCGUUGAAGAGCUCAUUGAUCGUUGCCCUCCCACCCUGCACCCUAUGAGUCAGUUCAGCGUGGCUGUCACUGCACUGAACCACGACUCUGCCUUCGCCAAAGCUUACCAGAACGGUAUCCCCAAGGCAGAGUACUGGGGACCGAUUUAUGAGGAUUGUAUGGACCUCAUCGCCAAGCUUCCGGCGAUUGCUGGUCGCAUCUACCGCAACGUGUAUGGAGAUGGCAAGCUCCCGGCUAUUGACGCGACGAAGGACUAUGCGUGGAACUUGUCCCAUCUCCUUGGCUUUAGUGACAAGGAGGCGUUUGUCGAGCUCAUGAGGCUGUACAUCGUCAUUCAUAGUGACCACGAGGGUGGUAACGUGUCCGCUCAUACUGGCAAGCUUGUCGGCUCCGCCCUUUCGGACCCCUUCCUUUCUUAUGCUGCUGCUCUGGACGGCCUGGCUGGUCCUCUCCACGGUCUUGCCAACCAAGAGGUGCUCCUUUGGGUGAUGAAGAUGCGCAGCAAGGUCGGCGAGAACCCGAGUGAUCAGGACAUCAAGGACUACAUUUGGUCCACUCUCAAGAGUGGCCAAGUCGUUCCUGGCUAUGGGCACGCUGUGCUUCGCAAGACUGACCCUCGUUAUAUGGCCCAACGCGCGUUCGCCCUGAAGCACCUUCCCGAGGACCCUCUCUUCAAACUUGUUGGCCAGAUCUACAACAUCGCCCCUGGUAUCCUGCUUGAGGCUGGGAAGGCGAAGAAUCCUUGGCCCAAUGUUGAUGCCCAUUCAGGUAUUCUUCUUACCUACUAUGGCCUUGACCAGAUGCAGUUCUACACUGUUCUCUUCGGUGUCUCCCGUGCGUUCGGUGUUGCUGCACAACUCAUCUGGGACCGUGCCCUCGGUGCUCCUCUCGAGCGUCCCAAGAGUUAUUCCAGCGAGGCCAUCAAGAAGAUGUUCGUUGGCAAGUAGGGGUGGGACAGAAAGGCUUCUUCUAUUAUGGUUGAAUAUCGUAUAUCAUCGUAAAAUGCUGUCCGCGCAUGGGCAUCGAUCGGAAUGCUAUUUUUUCCUUGCUCCCUCAAUCAGGUGAUGGAUCGUCAAUGCGUCGGAAGACCGCUGGCCAUUUGCUACCCUGAUUUCUCUCAACCUUUUUCCCCUCUUCUGUGCUCGUGGUUAUCGCUUCGAAAACUGGAUCCCCCUUGAGACUUUCAUCAGAUACUCUCUCGAACAGUGGAAAAGCAUUCAGAUGUUGAACCAUCCAGACAUGGAGGUCCUUGACGUCUGUGAUGGUAUAAAGCAGUCCUCCAGGCUUCAGCACAUACGCGUAUUCGGCUAAUAAAGUGGGCGAUAUAAUUCGGGCCUUGUGUUUGCGAGCUUUGAAAUGAGGGUCCGGGAACAGAAAGAACAAUUUGGACAUCUGAGCUUGCUGAAAAAAGUUUGGAAGGAAUUUCAUCGCGUUAGCUCGAAUGACGGAUACGUUCUGGUAUCCACCCGGUGCGUCAUUCUUUUGAACGCGCAGCGCCUUGAUCCUGUCUGCGACAUAUUGGGUGACCUGGACGCGAAUUUCCAUCCCCAGCAUCAAGGUAUCGGGAAAUAGUGGUGCUAAUGCAAUGAGAAGGCCCCCAAAGCCGCAACCUAUAUCGGCGAACUCGACUGUACGGUUGGGCGAGUGAUCCUCAACUGCUUUCGCCCGGCUGGGUUCCGCAAGGCUUGGAAAGUAUGCAGGGUAGUGAGGUGACCAAUCCAUAGCCAAAGGAGAACUUGGAUAUUGAAGAGAAUGGUCCGAAAAUGGGUUGGCAUGUGCUCUCUGCCUGUAAUUUCGUUUCUUGGGAAGCAGUGAAGACGAUCCUACAUCUUGACCAGCUGUUGAUGCCUCUGAACGCUUGCGUUUACC